AUGAUUUUGGAUCGUAAUGACACACCACAAGAAGGAGAACAACAUUUGUCUGCGCUUACAGCUGGCCCACGUGAUCUUUGGGCGCGAAUUCGCAGGGAGAAAUUCGCUGAUGGAGUAAACAAGGAAUCUCUUUCUUUCAUAGAGAGUGCUCUCGAGAUUAUCGUACUAGAUGAUGGCGAGACAGGCUAUGAUGAGGUAAAUCGUGUCUUCAUAUGUGCCUGCAGUAAUCUACAGUAA